GUAAGACCUCAGUUUAGAAUCAUUUGUUUUACAGUAUACAUCUUCUUUACAGAAUUCAAAGUAUUUCUACAAAAGAAACAAGGGAAGGCAUCAGUUAUUUAACAGGAUGUGAUCUCCAGCAGGCCUCUGACAUCGUUGAAAUUCCAGCUCCAAAAACAAUUCCAAAGUAUGAUCAUCUCCCUUCAAGUCAGCUGUUAAAUGCUGAAGAGAUCUAUUUUGAUUUGGAAACUACUGGACUCGCAAGGGAUUCUCAUAUUGUGCAGUUGUCUGCAGUUAGAAAUGAUGAGGUUUUCAACAAAUACAUCAUUCCAGAAAAACCAAUGUCCUCAAAAGCUACAGAAAUUACUGGAAUAAAAGUAGUCAACAAUAAAAUGUACCACAAUGAUGAGGAAGUUGAGACAGUCAGCAUUAAGGAUGCACUGAUCCAGUUUAUCGACUUCAUGAAGAAAUCGGAGUCAGAUGCUGUUCUAGUUGGACACAACUCCAAAGUGUUUGACCUUCCUGUGCUGUUCAACAUUUUGAGUAAAUUAAACAUUUUGGAGGCAUUCUCAUCUGCAGUCAUUGGUUUCAUUGAUACCUUACCUCUUUUCAAAAUUUCGCAUCCAAACCUUUCAUCAUACUCACAGUUACACCUCUUCGAAGAAAUUCUACAAGACAAAUACAGUGCGCAUGACUCAUUACAGGAUGUCUUAGCCUUGAAGAGAUUGUUGGACCAUACAGGACCUUCCCCUGAAGUCAAACUUGCUGCAUCUUUCACUUCAAACUCUGCCUUUGCCAUAUUCCAUCACAAGAACACAACAAAAAGUCUAAUGAGCACACUAAAGCCUUUAUUGGACCAAAAGGUGAUUUCGAAUGGAAUGGGAAAUAAGAUUGCCAGCAGUGGACUCUCCUUAUCACACUUACAACUGGCUUAUCGCAGAAAUGGUAGGGAGGGAGUACAGGAUGUGCUGACAGAGAUAACAGAUAACAGUGUGCGUGUGACAAAAUCUAGAAAAAUCAUUGAUUCUGUUGCAGAUUUUCUCAGAUCUGAGCAGUAACGCAGUUGU